AAGGAAAGAAAAAUGCAAUUGGGUUGUGUUGUUGUUGUGUGACACAAAAUUCACAAGAGGGAAUUGGAGGGAACACAGAUGCAAGAUCCACCCUCUUCAAACCCCAAUUCCCAAUUACCGCCGCCGCCGUCAACAACCGCCGGAGCUGGCGUCCCCUCACCGUUCCCGCGCUCCGGCGCCAAUGUCGGCUCUCACCACCGGCGAGCCCACUCGGAGGUCAGUUUCCGGCUACCGGACGACAUGAUGGACCUGUCACCCUCCGAUCCGUUCACCGGCGGAUCCUCGACGGCGAGCCUGGACGAGAUCGGUUCCGAGGAUGACCUUUUCUCGACUUACAUUGACGUCGACAAGCUCGCAGGGUAUGCCGGGGCCGGAAACGGAGCGGAUCCGGGUGGAAACGGCGAGCCGGAGAAGAUUCCGGCGAGGUCGAGGCACCGGCAUAGUAGCUCCGUUGAUGGGUCUUCUUCGUUUGGGGAGAUUAUGGAUGCGAAGAAAGCUAUGCCACCUGAUAAGUUAGCUGAGCUUUGGUCAAUUGACCCCAAACGUGCCAAGAGAAUACUUGCAAAUCGGCAAUCGGCUGCUCGUUCGAAAGAGAGAAAGGCCCGCUAUAUACAAGAACUUGAGCGCAAAGUUCAGACCCUUCAGACUGAAGCCACUACUCUUUCAGCCCAACUGACACUAUACCAGAGAGAUACAACUGGCUUGAGUAAUGAAAACACAGACCUGAAGCUCCGCCUGCAUGCCAUGGAACAACAAGCACAGCUUCGCGAUGCUCUCAAUGAAGCAUUGAAGAAGGAAGUUGAGAGGCUUAAGGUUGCUACUGGGGGGAUAAUGAGCCCCACUGAAUCUUUUAAUCUGGGAAUGCACCAGAUGCCAUUUACAGAAGCAAAUUUCAUUCCAAUCCAAUCACAAUCAGGUCAUUCUGGUUACCAGAACAUCCAGUUUCCACCAUUUGGCCACUCCCCAUCUAGUAUGCAAACUCAUCAACUGCAACAAACAAAUUCUCGUUCAUUUUCAGAAAUAUUGCAGAAUGACCAGCUGGGUCAUUUUCAAGGACUUGACAUUAGUAGCAAAGGAUCAACUAUCGUGAAGUCUGAAGGCCCCUCAGUUUCUGCAAGUGAGAGUAGCACAACAUAUUGAAUUCGACACAAACCACUUGACCUACUGACUCAUCCAUGGCAUUCAUUGUUCAUAGUGUUGACAUGUAGUCAACUAAUGAAGGUGCCUAUUUCAUGAAAUAUUUAUUCAAAUAGAGGAUAAAUAUUGAUUAUUCAUUCAUAGGGAUGCUGACCAAAAAGGGGAAGCACCCUUGGAGUUUUGUUGCAAAGUUCAUAUAAUCUUUGUUGCAACAUUGCAUUUGUUUUUUCUGGGUUGUAGAAUGUUGGGAAUGAAAAGUCAUUCUCAUUGUAUCUUUGUAUCUUGGAAUUGCAUCCCCUCUGGUCAUUUGUAUCAUCAUUUAUGUGAUAGCAUGUAAACUGUGUGAUUUAUUGUGUCUUUCACUUCAUUGAUAUCCUAGAUGGACUUGUCUUCUGUAA